AUGUCUACUGUAUACACUUUUAAAUGGCCAAAAGGACCGCAAGAAGUCGUUCUUACUGGUACUUUUGAUAAUUGGUCCAAGACUUUAUUCUUGGUUAAGCAAGCAGAUGGCUCGUUUGAAUUAACGGUGCCAUUGCCAACCCACGAUGAUGAGAUUCUUUAUAAAUACGUUGUUGAUGGUCAAUGGAAGGUGUCUCCUACCGAAAAGGUUGUCAAGGAUGAAAGCGGCAUUGAAAACAAUUAUGUGGCUGCCAGUGACUUAUUUGUAUCGCAUGAUGCAGGCUCGAGAAUUCCAGAAAGCGGUGGAUUGUUUGUUGCUGGUAACCAAUCCAAGAAGGGGGAUUUAAAUACCACUGUUUUGCCAUCAACAGAAGGUAAACAUGCAACUGUAGCAGGCGAACCGGGUAUCCAAAUUCCUCAAGAUAAGGAUUCGUUAGCGGCUUUCACCAAGUUUGAGAAUCCAAAUGAAAAGGGUUUGAACACCGCUGCUGUGCCAUCAACCGAAGGUCAACAGGCCUCAAUUGCUGGGGAACCAGGUAUCCAAGUUCCACAAGACAAGGACUCGUUAGACGCUUUCACUAAGUUUGAGAAUACUGAUAAUAAUGCGGCAAACGCUUCGGAGUUAAGUCCAGAAGAAAAGAAGAAACAAAAGAAGAAGGUCAAGAGAAGUCAAUACAAGGCCAAGAAGAAGAAGAGGGCGGCUGAAGCUGCUGGUGCUUUUGGUGCAGGUGGUGCAACUGCUGGUGGCUUUUCUGAUGCAUCUAGAGGUGUUCCUGAAGGUGUCGAAGGUACUGACGGUACUGAAGGCAAUGAUAUUACAACCACGGAGGGUGAAACUGAACCAGAAGCAACUCCGGAACCACAAACUCUUGACCCUCAAGCAAGAGAUCUUCAGGAUGAAACUAGGAAAGAUAAGAAUGAAGAUGAAAUCAUUGCUGCCGCCGGUCUUGCUGGUGUAGGUGCUGCUGUAGGCGCUGCUGCAAACUCUGGUUACUCUCCUGUGGAUAACAAGGAAGCUUCCAAGGUUUCAUCAAGUAGCUCUAAUUAUGAUGCAGGUGACAAAAAUACCGGUGCUGUUGCACUCGGUGAUGUACCUGCUGAUAAAUCCAAUGCCGAAGUCCCAUCUGGUUCUUCUGGCUUAGACUCCCAGCCAUCAGAAUCCAAAAAUGAAUUCUUACCUGUUAUUGGAGGUGCUCCAGCUACUUCUCAAGGAACCAACGUUUCUGACUCACAAGCUGGUGAUAAGGCGCCAACUAAUGUUUCGGAGACUUCAUCAGAACCUUCGAAGGACAACAAGCAUGGUGUUCUCGGUGGUGCUGCUCUUGGUGGUGCCGCUCUUGGUGGCGGUGCCCUCGCUGGUGGUGCUGCUGUAUCACAUUUUGCAGGCGAUGCAAAGUCUGAUUUGCCUGAAUAUGCUGGUGAUGCUUCGCACUUUGCUGACGAGAAGAAGUCAUCUUUUGCACCUGGUCAAUUUUCAAACAAGGAAUCCGAGUUACCUAACUAUGGUGGUUCUGAUUCUAGAUUCGUAGAUGAUAAGAAACAAGGUGGUGCUGCACUUGGUGGUCCUGCUGUUGCUGGUGCUUCUUCGCAUGACCACGCUGCAGCUCCUCAAACUGAUUCUAAACUUGCCAACGAACCUUAUGAAUCUCAACCUGCAGAAACAUCUAAAGCUGAGAAAUACGGUGCUCCAGCUAUUGGAGGCGCUGCACUUGCGGGAACUGGUUAUGCUGCUACGUCAUCUGGCGCCGAAAAGGACUACGCCCCUCAGGCUGUAUCCGAUGAUGUCCCAGUUCAUGAACAAAAUGUCUCAUCAACUUUGGAUCCAAAAGCCAAGGAAACCGUUCCAUCGAAUAAGGAAACCGUCCCACUUAGUAAGGAAACUGCUCCAUUGAAUAAGGAAACUCAACCAACUGCAGGUGGAAUAAUUAAUGAUGCCAAUGCCGAAAAGGAAGUCGAUGCCUCUCCUGUUACUGGAAGAGAAGGAGCUCCACCUUUGACACAAUUUGCUUCCGCUGAUGAAAUUGUUAUUGCUCAAGGUGCUGGUAACAGGACCAAUGUCGAAGCUGAACUUCGUGCCAGAGAACAAGGUGAUGUGAUAGUUGAAGAAAUUCAACCCACCGAGUCUGAAAAGCAAAGAUUAACUGAAGAAGCUCAUUUAUUUGAUACCUCUAAUGAAAAAUCUACCUCAGGCGUGAAAGCUAACAAUUCCUCUAAUGUUGCUCCUGCUACUGGUACUGCUGGUACUGCUGGUACUGCUGGUACUUCAUCAAAGAAGCCUACACCAGCCAAGAAGGACGCAAAGAAAGAGGUAAAGAAGGAUGCAAAGAAGGACGAAAAGAAAAAGAAGGGAUUUUUCUCCAAGUUAAAGAAUGUUUUCAAAUAA